GCAAGACAACGCCAGAACGCGACAAUUCUAUAAGCCUGCCUGAAUGUUAUUCUGCCGCAAAAUUCCAACCAGGACUCCCAUUUACAUCUCAUGUAGAUCACGGUUACCUGCUCUGUGUCGAUUUCUCGCUACAGCCACUGAUACUUCCGCAAGCAAGCCAUUCUACAUUACUACACCAAUAUUCUAUCCGAACGCAGCUCCGCACAUAGGCCAUCUAUACUCACUCGUCACUGCUGACAUUUUCGCUCGCUUCACGCGCAUAUCUGAGCCGGACCGACUGGUGCACUUCCUGACAGGAACAGACGAACAUGGUUUGAAAAUACAAAAGGCCGCCAAGGACCGCGGAAUAGAGCCUGCUGUACUCUGUGAUGCUCUCAGCGAGCAGUUUCGUAGGCUUGGUAAUCGUGCCAACAUCAGUAAUACAGUAUUUUUGCGCACGACCGAAGCUAGACAUAGAGAGGCUGUGGAACACGUUUGGCGCACUCUUACCGCACAAGAUCUCAUCUAUAAGGGCACAUAUUCUGGAUGGUAUUCCAUUUCUGAUGAAUGUUUCUAUACCGACAGCCAGAUCACUCAUCUGCCCUCCUCUCUAACUCCUGUCUCCAUUGAGACUGGCUCUGCAGUUGAGUGGUCCAGCGAGUCAAAUUACAAGUUCCGUCUUUCCAGCUUCCAGGAACGUUUGCUAGACUAUUACACUACCAAUCCAAAAUCAAUAUACCCAUCAGCUCACCGAGAAAGAUUGAGUUGGGGCAUUCCCGUUCCAGGCGACAUGUCGCAUACUAUGUAUGUGUGGUUCGACGCACUGACGGUGUAUCUCACUGGAGUUGGAUUUCCUGCUGAGCAGCAAGGAUCACUGUGGCCUCCUAACAUCCAGGUCAUUGGGAAGGAUAUUGUUCGUUUUCAUGCUUUGUACCUGCCUGCUAUGCUCCUCGCGAUGGGAAUGCCGCUCUCGCAUACACUUCUUGCGCAUGCACACUGGACAGCACAGCAGCGCAAAAUGUCGAAGUCUAUAGGCAAUGUAGCGGAUCCAUUCGAUGCCAUGGAUACGUGGGGUGUGGAUGCAGUCCGAUUUUACAUGGCACGCGUUGGUGGUCGUUUCAGAGACGAUGUUGCACUGCAGGACGAAAUCCGUAGUUUGCUCGGCAACUUCUUCUUACGCAUCACCUCGAGAACAAUCCAGAAACGUGUAGCGUCUGUGCCUCAACUCACGUUUGUUCAGCUCCUUGAUCAGUCCCUCGAUGGCCCCAACGGUGACGUGCUAUCAUCGCUACGUAACCUGAAGGGAAGAGUUGAACAAUGUAUGGAGAAGUUUGAGGUGGGGGAUGCGCUCGAUGCCAUCAUCCUUGUCCUCAGAGAGGCGAACGGCGCAUUAACACACACCGCGCCCUGGUCAAUCCAAAGUCCGCCUGAAGCCGCACAAGUGUCCUACCUUCUCUCGCUCGAAGUUCUACGGGUCACUGGUAUAUGCUUGCAACCCUUCAUUCCCGAGGCUGCGCGGAAUCUAUUGGAUGCAUUGGGUGUUCCGAAGGCAGAGCGGAACAUGGAUGCUGCAGCUGUGGGUAAGGGCAGUGUCGGAGAAGUGAAGGGUGUUAAACUUUUUGAGGGCAAGAGAGAGAUAGCCAGCGGGGGUCAAUAAUUGUCUGCUGUGUAAAGCCAAGAACACGUGUUCGUCUACAUGAGUGAGUAGUACGCGUGCACGCUCGAUGCCAUUACAGUGCACACCCCAUCU